AUGGGGCGAGGGGUGUUUGCUGACGUGGAUUUCAAGGAGGGUGACGUGGUGCUGCAGGAGCCUCCGUUGGUCAGCAUGCAACACUCUCACAAUAGGGCCCGAGCCCUGGUCUGCUCCCACUGCUUGCGUUUCAUUGGUCCGCUGGAGCAAGCUGUUGCCCGGCUGCUGACGUGGCACAAGGGAAUGAGGGAGGAGGGGGAAGAAGGCGACGAGGAUCAAGAGGAGGGUAAGGAGCAAGAGGGUGUCGAGAAAGGCAAAGAAGGAAGUAAAGAGGAAUUGCCGGGAGCAGCAGCAGCGGAUACAUUUAUAGAGCAGCUGUCAGGCGGGCAGCUGAAGCUGCCCCAUGCGGAGUGUGUGGGUGCGCUGCCCUCUGCUGUGCCUUGCCCUGGCGGCUGCACUCAAGAAGUCUUCUGCAGUUCCACAUGUGCCACGUCAGCAUGGACGGAUGGCCAUGCAAUGCUGUGUCUGGGCCAUGCCUCUCAUGCCAAGGAUACUGAAGCUCUCAAGGCCUUCUAUACCCAUGCUGAUGGUGAGUAG